CUCUUCAGAACCCUCUCCGCGAGCUUCCUGGGAACCCUCUCCGGCACCCCUUUCUCAAGAGACUGAAGCCAGGACACAACGGGGCAGGCGGGCUGUGGACCAUGUACACCCACACCCGCAGCAGGGUGGUGGGCCCAGGGCUGGGCACUUUCUCCUUUUCUGGGGACCAUGCUGGGAAUGGGCAACGCAAGGAACUGGGUUUGCAGCAAAGCCGGAAACAGAGUCUGGAGGUGGCAGCUCCCAAGAACCCUACGGUGGAGAGGCAGGGGCGCACUGACCAGAGGAGCGCAGGCAUGUACACCCUGAUUGCACCGAAUGAGAGCCGCAGGCAGAAGAUGCAGAGAGUUGCUGAGCAAGAACUGGCAGACCUGGAGAAGUGGAAACAGCAGAACAGGGCAAAACCAGUCUACUCGGUGCCGCAACGGCUGGGUGGAAGCCAGUCUGAGUCUGAAGUCAGGCAGAAACAACAGCUCCAACAGAUGCGAUCUAAAUACCAGCAAAAGCUAAAGAGAGAUGAAUCUAUACGACUUAGGAAGGAAGCUGAGGAAGCUGAGCUCCAACAAAUGAAGGCAAUCCAGAGGGAGAAGAGUAAUAAACUAGAGGAGAAAAGGCAACUUCAGGAAAACGUCAGAAGAGACACAUGGCGAGAGCACCAUCAGUACAAAACCGCUGAGUUCCUGAACAGACUGGAUACGGACCUGAGAAACAGAAGUGCCUGUCAAAUGGCUCCUCGGGCUGCCCCGUCCUCAACGUGGGCCAGUAGACAGACACACAAGGAUUCUCUGUGGAAAGAAGAGAACCAAAAGUUGCCAAAGAUGAGGGAUGGCCAACAGCAACAGAAUAAAUUACUGGAAACUAAAGGACGGCAUCAAGAGGAAGAAAGAGCCCAAAUCCAUCGAGCCGAGCACUGGAGGGUAAAUAAUGCUUUUCUGGACCGUCUCCAAGGCAAAAGUCAACCAGGUGGCCUCGAGCAGUCUGGAGGCUGUUGGAAUAUGAAUAGUACCAACAGCUGGGAUCUAUGAGAAAUAAAAACGUCUGCCCGGCCUUCAUCAGCUGACCCUGACAGCCCCCAUAAGAUGCUUUUCCCUCAUGCAUUUUGCUUGACUCCAGUCUUCAUAGAUUAACUUCAACUGUCCACCCACUCAGCUGAGCUGUUGUGGGUGGCCAGUUUCCCUCUGUCAUUAGUUAUGUGUGGAUUUAGAGGCUCAUUACGGACUCAUGUGUAAUCUCUACUGCCAGCACAAUGUUACCUUAGUUUUCCUAAUUAGUCCUGCCUCUUAUUAGAAGGAUAAUUAGAACAAUGUUAGCAAAAUAAUAAAAGGGAAUCACAUGACAUUCCGGGUAGUUAGAGCUGCAGAUGCUUGAAAGCUUGAGUCUCCUAAUUGACUAUUUUUUUUUUCUUUACUAAUUCUUACAGCAGGUUUGGGGAUCCUUUGGGGUCUUUUUUAAAUUGCUACUUCCUUAAUCUAGGAUACAAAUGUGAGCAAACAGAGAUGUCUUAUA